CUGCUGAACCGACCGAAGUCAUGCUCUCACCCGCACUCGCAUCGUCAUUGCGAGCAGCUGCAAGAGCUAGAGCCGUAGCUGUAGGAGGAGCUGCAGUCGCUCCUGCUGCUCCUGCCGCCACUUGCGCCUGCGUACCUGCUCUUUCCAGAUCCUAUGCAAAGGUGCGAAGCUCACCUCGCGAUGAAGCCGACAAGCCUCAACCAAACGCAGCCACAGAGGAGUCUCCUGCUGCCUCUUCUUCAUCAUCCCCACAGAGCGCUCGACCUGCCGAGGAUCCAGCUGCCUCUGCCCCUGCAGAAGAGGCAGCAACUUCCACCCCUCCUCCACCACGCCAGGGUCCAUCAGCCUUUGACAUCGACUCGAGUCUGAUGGCCAUUGCAGACCAAGCAGCAGAAGGAGGCUCAGGUGGUGAUGGUGGAAGAGGAGGUAGGACAGGCGCUCGAGCUAGAAGUGACGCUCAGCAGUCUUCCAUUGAUAGGCAGAGGAAGAAUACACGGAGGGUACUGGGAAUCCUCUUCCUUGGCGGGUCGGGAGUUUUGCUGGGAAAUAUGGCGAGGGAUUGGGAUACAGUCAAGGAGCGAGAGAGGUUUGCAGGGAACCCACUCUCAGACUCUGCAUUCGGCAGGAUGAGGCUGCGUAUCAAUGCCAUGUGGGAGGACUUCCAAGCGCCCGUCUGGGAGAAGCUCUUGCCAGAUCCGCUACCCUUCCCCUAUCAACGCCCCUACACUCUCGUCGUUGAUCUUGACGAGCUACUGGUGCACUCUCACUGGACUAGAGAGCACGGCUGGCGUACAGCAAAACGACCCGGUCUGGACUACUUCCUGGCUUACCUCUCGCAAUUUUGGGAGAUUGUCCUCUUCACCACACAGCCAUACUACAUCGUCGCGCCCGUCAUUGAGAAACUCGAUCCAGACAGGCGGUACAUUGCCUACACCCUCUUCAGGGAGAGCUGUCGAACCCACAAGGGAAAAGUGGUCAAGGAUCUCAGCGCCCUCAACCGUGACUUGAGCAAGGUAGUUGUGCUGGACACUGAUGCGGAUCGAUACUCGAUGCAGCCGGAGAAUGGGAUCCUAAUGAAAAAGUGGGACGGGAAUCGAAAUGAUGCUGAGCUGGUUGGGAUGAUUCCCUUCUUGGAAGCAAUCGGCAUCUACCAAAUUCCUGACGUUCGCUCUCCCAUCAAAGCCUACGAAGGACAGCACAUUCCCACCGAGUACAACAAGCGUCAGCGUGAAGUCAAAGAAGCCGAAGAUGCCGCCUGGCUCGCCAAGCACGGUCCCAACAAAUCCUCUUCAGGAGCAAGCAGUACCCUCUCCUCUCUCCUUGGCAGUCUCAAAUCCUCCUCUUCUACCAAACCACCCCCUGUAGCAGGUAGUGUCACUUCUUCCGGUCGACCAAAGACCUUUUAUGAACUAGAGAGGGAUAGGUAUCAAGCUGGAUAUCUCGAAGAUCAAAAGUAUUGGAAGGAAAAUGGUGAAGCAUUGAGGAAACAGGCAAAGGAGGAACAGGAGAGACAGAUGAGGGAGAUGAAGAUGAGUGCUUGGGGGAUGCUUACGGGACAGGGGAUGAGACCGCCUGAGCAGGGUGAGGCACAGCAGCAGCAGCAGCAGCAGCAGCAGCAGCAGGCAGGGAAGUAAUGACAGCAGAUGUACAAUCGGGGAAGAGCUGCAACACACCACACCACACCACACCACUUGCUAUCCAUCGUCUUUGUUUGCAUGGACGAUCUCAUGAUCUCGUCUGAGCCGUCCUUGUUGUGUCACGUACUUUUGCCAAAGAGCCUAGAGAAGUACUGAUGUGCUGUACUUGCAGUGCUGUGCUGUACUUGCAGUGUUGUGCUGUAUGUCGUGCUGUACUUUUCAACAAUCGAUUUCCAUAUCCUACACACCUCUACCUCUACCUCUCUCU